CCCUGUCUAUUAAAAGAACUGGGGAAGGAAACUAGCUCGGUUUUUAAAGAAGUUGACUGCUUGUCAAAAGAAAACCACAAGGGACACACUGCUUGGAUGCCUGACACUUGGGGAAAAAGAUGCCUGACAAUGAUUAUGCUGCUGCAGUGUGAUUGGUUCUUACAUUAUGCUAGUUUGCUUUCUGUCAGCAGUUUUUAAUUAGAUGUGGCCAAAAACUGUGGAUACACUGCAGAUACUGGAAUAUUGGGGAAAAAGCAUUUUUUUUUAGCAUCUGUUAAUUCACUGAUAAACUGGAGCCUGUGACUUGUUUAGAGCUGUUGAGUUCUUUUAAUCCAGAAAUGCUGGAAGACUAACAGUUUAUCUAAUUUUGGCUCUGGAAUCCACCAUAAAAAAUACAAAAUAACACACAGAUGCGGUUGGAGGGAGUUUGCUUAAAUUUAAUUAAACUGUUAAAAUUACACCAAUUUUAUACAUGGGCCCCAAUUAAAUUAGACAACUUCAAAUAAAAUAAAAAAAUACGAAUGACUGAAAUCCAUAAAACUAUGGAUAUUACAAAGAAUGAGUUUUGCCAUUUUUUAUGUCUUGCCCAACCUCCUCCGAUUGUUUGUUCGUGGGUUUUUCUAUCUAAUUUGGUUGGUUUGUCAUUGCUUAACUUUCCACUUUACCUUUGUCCAAACACAUUUGGGUUGCUCUUGCAUUAACGUUUAAUUCACUGGUUUAAGCUUUGCUGCGUUUGGCUGAAGACAGUAAAGCUCUGUACGAUUCAGAAUUCAUCUUGCUGCUUCUGUGUUUUGUCACAUCAUCAAUAAACAGUCGUGAAACCAGUUCCAGUGGAAGCAUGCAUGUCCAUACGUUACACUGCCUCCGUUGUGUUUGGAUUAUGUAGUAUGCUUCGAUUCACAAGCUGUCCCACGCCUCGUCAAUCCUGUUUUUUUUCUCCCUCCCAUCAUUCUGUUACAGCUGCUGUUGUAACUGUCCAACAGUGCUGUUCCUCAGUAUGAUUUGGGUCAGUUGUCCAUCCACAGUUCACAAGAAUCACUACUUCUCCUACAGUGCUAGUUAGAUUUUACUUGUGCACUGCUAUCACCCAGUGGGUCUUUAACCUGUUCUCAUGAUCAUAUUCAUAAUGGAUUGUGAGCCAGAUUAGGCGCUACUUUGAUGUUCUUGUUGUAGAUGGUUUUGGUCAAGUCUGUAUGUUCUUUCAUGGGCUCUUUAUGGUAGACAUGGACCAUUCCUUUGACUGGAUAGGUGGUGUUUGUCUUUACCAUGGAAAGGAUCCUGUGAUCAUCCCCUUCUAUUUUUAUUCUGUUUACUAAGCAUUUUCACUAGUGCGUUUUGUGUUGUUUUUUGCUGUCAAAGAGUGGCCUGUUUAAUUUGCAUUGAGGGCUCAUUUGAUCAUAUAGAAUUUGAAAGCUGCCAUUUCCAGCAGCAGCUUCCAAAAGUGCUAUACUUGAACGCGAUGCCUUUACCUGCUUGAUUUAUGACAAAAUGACAGGAUUAGACGGGAGGAUCUCAUAAAUUGCCGACAACAAGAAAAAGCGAAUUCCUUCCAUCCAUAAUGGAACCUGUGGGACUGAACACACUGUUCUUGCAACCUGAACUAGAUAUAUCGCCAUUCAAAGUUAAGGAUGCUCCUCAGAAGUGUCUUAUUUAUGUAGGGCCUGCUUUAAACAGUGUUUCUUUGUUGACUCGUGGCUAAUGGAGUAAUCUCAAAGACUUCUCUUGGCCUUACAUUUAGUAUUUAGCCAUAUUUUCCAUUUUAAAUGCAAUAUUUUGAAACUUUUAAUUUUUUCCCCUAUGCUGCCAAACCCUAUUGGCUGUUAAAAACAUCCCAGUGUAUUUCAGCAUUUGGUAGGCCUUUUGGGUUAUCUCAAAUAUUAUUCCUCAUUCAAACUGGAGCUUUAAUGUGAAGCAGAGUGCUGCUUAUAGGCUGUAUGAACUGCUAACUGGUUUGCCAGUUGACUGGUGAUAUCCUGCAUAUAUGCUGCUUGUGUUGUUCUGUUCCAGCAUGUGCUCGCACACUUUGUCUGGGGCAUUGGGGUGUUAAUGGAUUACUGAAAGGUGUUGACUCAGGUGUGUGUGUGUGUGUGUGUGUAUAUGUGUGUGUGAGUGAGGGUGGUACAGUGCUCAAAGUGUGCUGGGAUCUAGUUCAGUCACCAGUCUCGAGUUCCCGUUUGUCUCUCAUGCUCCCUCUGCCACUCCGCUGUGAUCUGUCUCCUGUUCUCUCAGUCUUGCUUCAGCCUGUCCUCUUUUUCUUCCUCACCCCUGCGCGUUAGUUGGCAACAUUUACCGUUCACUGCCUUUCUCUCUUUGCGAUGUCUUCUUUUUGCAUUGCUUAACAGUCGCUUACCCUCAACAUGGAUAUCGGAGGACUCACAACCGUGGUAGCAAAUUCUGCUUACAUCAAUGCUCGUGGAAGCAUCGAUGGCUCUAAUCCAGCAGCAGCUCGGGAUAAAAAGUACCACUCUCGCCUCAAAUUGCCCCACAUCACUGUGUGCGAGGGCCUGAAGGACACCCUAGAUUUAUCCUUUGACUCAGUCUGUGUUGAACAGCCAAUUGGCAAACGUCUCUUUAGGGAAUUCUUGGACGCAAACAAAGAGUAUCACGGGGCAUGUCGCUUGUGGAAAGACAUCGAGGACUAUGACCUGGCAGAGGACUCUGAAAGGGCAAAAAAAGCUUCGAAGUUAGUUCAGCGUUACAUGGACCCCUCUGCCAAACACUUCUGCCCGUUCCUCAGUGAGGACAUCAUAACGAAGGUGAAAGAAUCCCUCGAGGCUGUAGGUGAUGAUUUGUUUUCUGCAGCGCUGGCCAAGACUUUGGACUAUCUGCGCGAGGCCCCCUACACUUUCUUCCUGGAGAGCAUGUACCUGAAAAGGUUCCUGCAGUGGAAAUGGCUGGAGAUGCAGCCCAUGGAUGAAGACUGGUUCCUCGAUUUCCGUGUGCUGGGGAAAGGUGGGUUUGGAGAGGUGUCUGCCUGUCAGAUGAAAGCCACGGGAAAACUGUACGCCUGUAAGAAACUCAACAAGAAGAGGCUGAAGAAGAGGAAAGGCUACGAGGGGGCGUUGGUGGAGAAAUGUAUUCUUGAGAAGGUUCACAGUCGCUUCAUUGUGUCGCUGGCAUAUGCCUUUCAGACAAAGGAGGAGCUUUGUCUGGUCAUGACCAUCAUGAAUGGAGGAGAUCUCAAGUACCAUAUUUACCUGGUGGAUGAAAACAACCCAGGGUUUGAUGAGCCUCGAGCCUGUUUUUACAUUGCCCAGAUCAUCCAGGGCUUGGAGCACCUCCACCAGAAAAGAAUCAUCUACCGAGAUCUCAAACCAGAAAAUGUGCUGCUUGAUAAUGACGGGAAUGUACGUAUAUCUGACUUGGGUCUUGCUGUGGAACUAAAAGAAGGCAAAACCAUGACAAAAGGCUAUGCUGGGACUCCAGGUUACAUGGCACCAGAGAUGCUAAAGGGAGAAAAGUACGACUCCUCCGUUGACUACUUCACUCUUGGAGUGACUUUAUAUGAGUUCAUGGCUGCUAAGAAUCCAUUCAGAAACAGAGGAGAGAAGGUGGAACGUGAGGAGAUGAAAGAGCGUAUGCUAACUCGGGUGGUGACCUACACUGACCGCUUCAGUGAGCAUGCAAAGUCGUUGUGUGAUGGGCUGCUGGCCAAGGAGGUGGAUCAGAGGAUGGGUUUUAAGAAUGGAUGCUGUGACGAAAUCAGAGCACAUCCAUUUUUCAGCGGCAUUAACUGGAGGAAACUGAACGCAGGAAUUCUACCUCCUCCUUUUGUCCCUGACCCCAAAGUGGUGUAUGCUAAAAGUCUGGAUGACGUCGGGGCAUUCUCCUCUGUGAAGGGGGUGACAUUGGAAGAUCCUGAUAAGAACUUUUUUGAUGAGUUCUCCACGGGCAACAUCUCCAUUCCUUGGCAAGAGGAGAUGAUCGACAUGGGAAUUUACGGAGAGCUCAACGUUUGGGGCCCUGAAGGCACCAUCCCCAACGAUCUCCGCAGGGAGUCCAUACUAGAGCAGCCAAAGUCAUCGACGUGUUGCUUAUCUUAGAGUCAAUAACAUGCGUGAACUGCACAGACUUUCGUUUCUUUAGAGCAUGCGGCAUGAAGACACCAUGAGAGACACCAGUCGGUUCUGAACUUUGUGAUCGCACACUGAAACAGUUUGCAGGUUUUAUGUCGACAUGGGAACAGCAAGAAUAGACUGGAGGCGGACUUCCAGCCUGAAAUGAACUUGAUCAUAGAUUUAGGUGUUGAAAAAUUCCAAAUUGCUGACAUCUGUCAUCUAUUGUCCCUUCAGUCUUCUGCUCCUCAUCUCCUUUCACCAUCAACCUGCUCACUUACUUUUCUUUAUAUGUAUAUGUGAUGAAUUAUUGUAAAGCUUUUAGAUUUAAAAUGCAUUAAAACGAAAAAAAAAAAAAUUCCCAUUUUGGAGCCAGGGUUUAGUAAUGUGUUAUCUUUGGUGCUAAGUGACAGUCACAUGUUGACCAUGUAAGAGCUGCAUAUCUGCUCCUGUAGGGUUCAUGCUACUUUAAUAGAAGGUGUUUUUUUUUUCUUAGUGUUUAAUACAUACUAAAUGCUAACACAUCAGAGAUGCAAAGUCUCGUGCCUGUGGAACUCUUUUUCUUAAAGGGUUUAUUUCAUGGGUUUUGAUGACUUUCAAUGGUUUUAUGACUAUUCCAGCGCAGAGUCACUUUGAUAAGUUUAUAUGUAGUCUAGAUAGUGUGAGACAAAUAUGAGUAUAGGAUGAAUGUUUACGGUAAAAUUAUUUAUUUUCAAAAACUGUCGGACUGAAGUUGAAAUAUCAAAUAUUUGGGACAAAACACCCCAAAUCUGGCAAAUAAAAUAGCUUAUUGAAA